AUUCCUCUGCUACCUUCACUGUCCAGAAUGGAUUUCUUGGGUCCAGUUGUGCAGAUCAUUCUCUUCUUCUGGGCUCCUGUUUCUCAGCAGAUCGGUUAUCUCAAACACCUUAAUAACAAUGUAGAGACAUUGAAGAAGGAAACGGAAGAACUACAAGACAAGCGUCACCAAAUUCAAGCGGACGUCGAUGAUGCUAUAUCAGUCGGAAAGACACGGGUUCGCCAAGUGGAGAACUGGCUUGUGGACGUCGCCAAUAUCGAAGCUCAAGUCGAUUCUUUAAGAACGGAAUUCGAGCAACCUAGAACGUGCUUGAACGGUUGUUGCACCAAUCACUUCUCUCGCUACAAGCUGGGCAAAAGGGUCGUUAAAAAGCUCAAAGAUGUGGAAAACCUCAAAGCUAAAGGGGACUUCGAUAAGGUGGCUGAGAGCCCUCGCAGGCCAGGGUGUUGGAGAUGCAAACAUCGCUACCACGAGUACAGCAAAGCACGUCUGAGGAAACCAUGGAGGAGAUAUGGCAAUGCUUACACGACGAGGAGAAUAGCCUUGUUGGUGUUUAUGGGAUGGGUGGAAUAGGGAAAACCACUCUAAUGAAAGCCAUAAAUAAUAGGUUCAUCGGAACCAAUGACUUCAACGUUGUGAUUUGGGUAACUGUUUCCAAGGACCUCAACUUGGGAUUAAUCCAAGAUCAGAUUGGAAACGCGUUGAAUAUGGAUAUGAAAUUUCACAUAAAUGAAGAGAAGAGAAACAGGCUGUUUGAUCGGUUGAAGAAUGUGAGGUAUUUGCUCAUCUUAGAUGAUCUAUGGGAAGCAUUUAGUUUGGAUAAAGUCGGAAUUCCAAAGCCAGACAAGCAAAACAGAUGCAAGAUCACGAUAACCACCCGAUUCAUUAACGUGUGUAAUGAGAUGGAGGUCGAUAAGCAGAUUAGGGUCAGAACUCUUACGCCUGAGGAAGCGUGGAAUUUGUUCCGUGAAAGAUGUGGGGAUGUGAUUAUGUCAUCAGAGAUUCGACCAGUAGCAGAGAAGGUUGCAGAGGAGUGCAGCGGAUUACCACUUGCAAUUAAGACAGUGGGAAGGGCCAUGCAUGGCAAGUAUAAGAAAGAGGUAUGGGAGAAUGCAUUGAGGGCAUUGAAAGGAUCAUCACCUGAGGUUCCAGGUAUGGAGCGUCAAGUGUUUCUUCCUUUGAAACUUAGUUAUGAUUGCCUAGAAAAUGAUAAGAUCAAAUCAUGCUUCCUGUAUUGUUCAUUGUUUCCAGAAGAUAAUGAUAUUUAUAUAGAUAAGCUAGUAAGAUGUUGGGCCGUGGAGGAAGGGUUUAUAGAAAAUGUGAAUAACUUGCAAGAAGCAUCAAACAAGGGACACGACAUCCUUGAAAGAAUCAAGGACGCAUGCCUCUUGGAGGAAGGGUCUGAAGGAGAUCCCGAUGAAUUCGUUGGGAUGCAUGAUUUGCUCCGUGACUUGGCUAUAUGGAUCACUUCACCAUCGUCAUCCAUUGAAGGCUCAAAAUUCCUUGUGAAAGCAGGGGAGGGACUAGUGCAGCCACCAGAAGAGAAUAUGUGGAGAGGGGUUGUAAGGAUUUCAUUGAUACGCAACAAGAUAGAGCAUCUGGAAAUUUCACCUGCUUGUCCUAACUUGAUCUCCUUGUUCCUCAAUGAAAACUAUCAAUUACGUACCAUUCACAGUAAUUUCUUCGAGCUCAUGCCAAAACUACAGAUCCUUGAUCUAAGUUAUACUGGCAUUGAAUCUCUCCCGAUGUCAUUAUUGCAAUUGGUGAAUCUUCGUGUGCUCAUUCUAAGCUUCUGCCAAGAUCUGGUGGAGGUGCCGCCAUUGGGAAAGCUGAAGGAACUCCAAAUUCUUGAUCUCUCAGAAUCUGGCCUCGAAAACUUCCCUCAAGGCAUUGAAAGCUUGGUUAAACUCAAGAGGUUGGAUAUAUCAGAGACUUCAUUAACUGCAAUUCCCUACACUAUGAUAUUCGGGCUACCUAGUCUGGAGGAACUAGGAACAAUGGGAACGAAUGGACCCAUGGACGGAGCUACUUUCAUAGAGGCUGCGAGCAUGACACGCCUGAGAUCUUUAAGUAUCAGUGUGUCCAAUAUUCUUAAUGGCUUCAUCGCACAUGAUAUGUUCCAUCAAUGGUUUUCGGGCUUGACAAGUUUCCGGGUUAACGAAACAUAUUUACCGCCGCUUUCUAAUAAGCAGAUAAGCAUUUGUGAAUGUGACAAAUUCCCCUGCGGGAUUGAGGGGUUGACAAAACAUGCAUUCUCUUUAGACUUGUAUAAUAGCAAAGGUUUAACAAGUCUUUCUAAGUUCCAAGGCGAUUUAAAGAGCUUAAGACAUCUUCGAGUCAAUCAUUGCAGUGGAGUGGAAUGCUUUAUAGACUGGAGAGAGGUUGGAGAUGAUGCAUUCCAAUGUUUACAGUUUUUGGUUCUCGGUGAUUUACCAAACUUGGAGAAGGUAUUCGAUGGUGGAGCGCCUCCUCCGCUGAACACAAGCCUGCAAAACCUCAGAAGAAUAUUCGUUUUUAAAUGUGAGAGGUUAAGUAGUCUCUUCUCUUCUAGUAUGGUAGAGCAACUACAUCAGUUAGAGGAGCUUACCAUAUCGGAAUGUUUCCAAAUGAAAGAGAUUGUAGAAGGAGACGAGCUGCCCCAUAAUUCAUUCCCAAAAUUAAGCAUCCUAGAAUUGGAUCACUUACCAGAAUUAGAAAGCAUUUGUAGCCAGCGAUUUACGUUUAUAUCUUUGGAAGAGAUGAAAGUAAUUUCCUGUCCAAAGUUGAAGAAGCUCCCUCUCUUCAGGUCAAGCAUCCAUGAAAUAAAAGUUAAAAUAGAAGGCAAGAGAGAAUGGUGGGAAGGAUUAGAGUGGGAAGACGAGAACGCCAGGUCCCUCUGCUCCACAAUUUACAAAGAAGCUUCCUCAGAAAUAGAAGAGAUUCUUCUGAAUAACACUAUGAGAACAUCAUUAAGCUCCAAAAUCUCUCGAGAUAUUCCAAUGCCAACAAAUUGUUCUCAUGGAAAUGGUGGUUCUGGUGCAAGAAUUUUGAGUGGGAGAUUUUCUUGUUAUGUUGCAGUUGUUUCUCAUAUGGCCUUCUACUUUUGUGCUUAUGUUGGUUGUGUAUGGAAUUUCAUAUGGAAAUUGUUGGCUUUUGGGCUAUCGACAGCACAAUGUAUUAUCUUUGACAGUGAGAGGUUUUUGGAGUGGAAGAGAGGAUGUGAAGUAGAGAUUUCCUAAUUUAGAAAGUGAGUUUGCUGGUUUUGGUAUGGAUGGAGAGCUCCAAUGCAAGCCUUCUCCUUCUGGAAUAAACUACGAAGAGCAAUGCAGCAGCUAUUCAGCAAAUGCCAAGAGCAUUACCAACAGCAUUUGAUAACAGAUUUAAUGGGGAAGCAUCAUCAUCAGCUCUAUUUUAGAACAUAAACCUGCGAACAAAGUGCUUAGAAGCUACUACAAUGAUUUAAGAGAUUUGGAGUAGUUAUAGGCCUGUUUUGGGGAGGGGGAUCUCAGAGAAACAGAGUUUGGAGCUAUUUCUAAUUUUCUUUCUCCUGAUCGAGCAUGUGCUCAAGCAGACGGAACCAGUGUGGCGUCUAAGUUUUUACGUGCUAAUGGAAUUACUAUUUUCAAAUUACGAGAGGAAACUGUCUAUUUACUUGGAAAAUAGGGCAUGUACUGUUUCAGUCCCGAGCAUUCACCCUUGACUGAACUAGUUCAAAGGACAUCCAAUUGGGCUCUAGAUGAGAAGAUAAAAUCAGUGAGAAGAGGGUAAGAGAUUUUCAGAGUGUAAGAAAGGAUGGAAAGGAGAGAUUUCCUGUUUUGGGAACUAACUUUGCUGGAUUUGGUAUGGAUGGAAAGCUCCAACACAAACCUUUUCCUUCUAUCAUACACUAUGAAGGUCAGUUGGGUUCUCUUAUUUUUAUUUUUUAUUUUUAA